AUGGGUUGUGGAAUGAGCACAGAAGAGAAGGAGGGCAAGCAACGAAAUGAGGAGAUUGAGAAUCAGCUCAAGCGCGACAAGAUGAUGCAGCGCAAUGAGAUCAAGAUGCUGCUUCUCGGUGCCGGUGAAUCCGGAAAGUCGACGAUCCUCAAGCAGAUGAAGCUCAUCCACGAGGGCGGCUAUUCACGCGACGAACGCGAGUCAUUCAAGGAAAUCAUCUUCAGCAACACCGUCCAGUCGAUGCGCGUCAUUCUCGAGGCCAUGGAGUCGCUCGAGCUGCCUCUUGACGACCAGCGCGCCGAGUACCACGUCCAGACCAUUUUCAUGCAACCCGCACAGAUUGAAGGCGAUAGCCUGCCCCCCGAGGUGGGCAAUGCCAUUUCAGUUCUCUGGAAGGAUGCUGGUGUGCAACAGUGCUUCCAGCGCUCACGCGAGUACCAACUCAACGACUCUGCCAAAUACUACUUUGACUCAAUCGACCGCAUCGCUGCCCCCGAUUACAUUCCCAACGACCAGGACGUUCUACGCUCGCGUGUCAAGACGACGGGUAUCACCGAGACGACCUUCAUCAUUGGCGACCUUACCUACCGCAUGUUCGAUGUCGGUGGCCAGCGUUCGGAAAGAAAGAAGUGGAUACACUGCUUCGAGAAUGUCACCACCAUCCUCUUCCUCGUCGCCAUCUCCGAGUACGACCAAUUGCUUUUCGAAGACGAGACGGUCAACCGUAUGCAAGAAGCCCUCACAUUGUUCGAUUCCAUCUGUAAUUCGCGGUGGUUCGUAAAGACAUCGAUCAUCUUGUUCCUGAACAAGAUCGACAGGUUCAAGGAGAAGCUGCCCGUCAGCCCAAUGAAGAACUACUUCCCAGAUUACGAGGGAGGCGCAGACUACGCCGCCGCGUGCGACUACAUCCUGAACCGAUUUGUCUCGCUAAACCAACACGAGACCAAGCAAAUCUACACACACUUCACAUGCGCCACGGAUACAAUGCAAAUUCGAUUCGUCAUGGCUGCCGUAAAUGACAUCAUCAUCCAAGAAAACCUCCGGUUAUGCGGUCUGAUAUAA